GCUUUUGUGACAGCAUGGAAAGCUAUGUGUGGUAGUGGUGGGAAUUCAAAAACAUUCCUUAUUCCUUCAAACAAAACAUUCUUACUACAACCUCUUAUGUUCCAAGGCCCUUGUAAAUCUCCUUCCGUACAAGUUAAGUUUGACGGAAAGAUUGUUGCGCCUAUCAACAAAGCAGCUUGGUCGGAAAAUAAGCUAUUUAGAUGGGUUAGUUUUAAGGAAAUAAUCGGUUUAACAGUCACUGGUUCGGGAACAAUUCAUGGACGUGGUUCGUCUUUUUGGAAGCCAAGAAUGUCACCUUCUAAACGGCCUACUCAAUUGCAUUUUAAAAGUUGCAAUGAUCUCAAGAUAAGUGGAAUAACCUCAUUCAACAGUCCAAGAAACCAUAUAUCGAUUAGCGAAUGCAAAAGAGUUAAAAUUACGAAGAUAAAACUCGUAGCACCCCACGAUAGUCCUAACACUGAUGGAAUUGAUAUCUCACGAUCAAGUGAUGUCGAUAUAUACGACACAAUUAUUGGAACUGGCGAUGAUUGUGUAGCUAUAAACAACGGAAGUAUGAAUAUCAAUAUCACAAGGAUGAAUUGUGGACCUGGCCAUGGAAUAAGUGUGGGAAGUCUAGGAAGAGAUGGAGAAGAAUCUAUAGUUGAGAAUGUCCAAGUGACUAAUUGCACUUUCUUUAGGACGGAUAAUGGAGCUAGGAUUAAGACAUGGCCGAAUGGAAAGGGAUACGCAAAAAAUAUACUUUUUCAAGGCCUUACGUUCAGAGAAACCAAAAAUCCAAUUAUAAUCGACCAAAACUAUGUCGAUAAGGGUCGCCUAGACGUGGAGGAAUCAGCAGUGGCAAUUAGUAACGUGACAUUCACCGAUAUUCGUGGAACGUCACAAGUCGAUGAGAUUAUAAAGAUAGAUUGCAGCAAAGUCACAUAUUGCAAAGACAUUGUUCUUGAUAAAAUCGAUAUUGCUACGGUCGAUGGAAAUAAGCCAGUUGUUGAAUGCAGUAACGUGUAUGGAAAGUCUAUCAAUGCUAACGAGGCCAAUGGUUGUUUCAAAACAUAGGAUCGAUUUUCAUAGAAAAUAUGAGAAAUAGUUA